AGCAAGCCUGGGUUCCUUGCGAACCCACCCAGGCGCUGGGUUCCUUGCGAACCCAGUGCCUGGGUUCGCAAGGACGCUUGCUUGGGUUCGCGUUCCUUGCGAACUGCGAACCCAAUGCCUGGGUUCGCAAGGAACCCAAGCAUGCUGGGUUCACAAGGACGCUUGCUUGGGUUCGCAUUCCUUGCGAACCCAACACCUGGGUUCACAAGGAACCCAAGCGUGCUAGGUUCGCAAGGACGCUUGCCUGGGCUCACACCGAACCCAGCAUGCCUGGGUUCAGUGGAACCCAGCACGCUUGGGUUUGGUUCCUUGCGAACCCAGAUGAGGAAGGCAAGGUGUUGGGUUCGAUUUCGAACCCAGCAGGCGGUGGGUUUCAUUUCAAACCUAGCGGGUGCUAGGUUUGAGCAGUUGCUGGGUUCUUGCAAGUGAGGCUCUGGGUUUCGUUUCAAACCCAGUAGCCAUUGGGUCAAGUAUCUAUUGAGUUUAAUCUGUUGAUUUGUUGUGUUAUUCUCGAAUUUAAUAUUAAGAGUUAGGGUUUAUAGAAGGUUAAAGGAAAGGGAGAGGAAGAAGAAAGGGAAAAAGGAAAAACAAACGAAGAAAAAAAAAAGAGGAAUAAGAAAUUUUUUAAGAUUUUUUUUUUGCCAUCUCAUUUUUUUUGGCAAUCUGUACAUCUUAGGUGUCAAAAUGCUUGUACAUGUCAUCGUUUUCCCGUCAAGUAACGAGACACGUAGGUUGAUAUUUGACGAAAGGACCAAAUCAGGGUAAAAAUGGUAAACAGUAGGGACCAAAUCAGGGAUUUUUUAAGUUCAUGGACCAAAUCGGAGGUCUGUACAAUAGUUCAGGGACCAAAAAGGGGUUUUAACCUAUAUUAUUCUCCGAAUAGAAAUAAUUCGAUUUU